AUGUGGGCAUGUCCUCUACUGCAUAAAUCAUAUUCAUCAGCUAAACUAGCAGCUGUGUCUAUUGAAAAGGCUAAAUUACAAUCAUUUGUUUCUAAUUUGACAUCAUCUGAGCAAUUUUCGCGUCUAUCCGAUGUUGUUCCUUACGAAGGAUCGCGUCUAUUCGAUUUUUCAUCUUAUUUUCAACAUUUCUCAUCAAUUACAACUGAAAUUAAGCCGCCUAUGUUAUUUGGGCAAACACUACUUAUAGCUGACACGAUACCAUCAACUAUGAAAUUACUUAAUGGGUGA